AUGGGUAUCAGUCUGCUUAUGCCGGCUCUUCUGGCAGCUACCCUUCCCUGGGCAGCUGCAGCUCCUACUACGGCGGCUGGUGAUCGCCUCGGUGCUGUGGCCAGCGAGAACAAGGUCUGCUCCGAGGUUGGUGCUCAGCUGCUCAAGGAUGGAGGCAAUGCUGCUGAUGCCAUGAUUGGCACUGUUCUGUGCGUUGGCGUCACCAACAUGUACCAUAGCGGCAUUGGUGGGGGAGGUUUUGGCAUUCUGAGGACGAGCAAUGGCUCCUACGAGGCCAUUGAUUUUCGUGAGACGGCGCCUGCAGCCGCAUACGAGAACAUGUUUGCCAACAACACCGAUGCCAGUCUUUAUGGCGGACUGGCUAGUGGUAUUCCCGGUGAACUGAGGGGUCUCGAGCGCAUCCACAAGCAUGCUGUCCUGCCGUGGGCGCACGAUGUCGCUCCCGCCAUCAAGCUGGCUCGAUACGGCUUCGAGGUCAACGCUGACCUAGUUCGGUACAUUGCCAGCGUGGAUGACAGCUCGUUCUUGGUUGAGGACCCAUCUUGGGCCAUUGACUUUGCGCCCAACGGCACACUCGUGGGUUUGGGCGACACCCUGACGCGCAAGCGGUACGCCGACACGCUCGAGACGAUUGCCAAGGAGGGCGUCGACGCCUUUUACACGGGUCCCAUUGCCAACGCCACCAUCACGGCCCUGCGCCAGCACAAGGGAAACAUGGUCCUGGAGGACCUGGCCAACUACACUGUCGCCCUGCGUAAGCCUGCCCAGAUCAAGUACCACGACCACCUGGCCACGGCCACGAAUGCACCCUCUGGUGGUGUCGUCGCCCUGAGUGCUCUCAACAUUCUCAGCGGCUACGACAACCUGGGUGACCCUGCCGCAGUCAACAUCUCGACCCACUAUCUCGACGAGGCCCUGCGCUUCGCCUACGGUCAGAGGGCUAACCUUGGCGACCCGUCGUUUGUCGAUGGCCUGGACGAGUACCUCGCCGAGAUGCUGGAUCCCAAGACGGGUGCUGAGAUCCGCUCCAAGAUCUCGGAUGACCACACGUACCCCGUGGCAUACUACGACCCCGAGGGUCUCGAAUCGAUUGAGACGCCCGGAACAUCGCAUAUUGUCACUGCCGACGCCAGUGGCAUGUCUCUGUCGCUUACCACGACCGUCAACCUCCUGUUUGGAUCACGCGUCGUCGUCCCCGAGACGGGUGUCAUCAUGAACGAUGAGAUGAACGACUUCAGCAUUCCCGGCGUGUCCAAUGCCUUUGGCUACAUCCCCAGUGAGGCUAAUUUCAUCCGCCCCGGCAAGCGCCCCCUCUCAUCCAUCUCCCCCGUCAUACUCGAGUCUCCCGAGGGCGAACUGUACUUCAGCAUCGGUGCCGCCGGAGGUAGCCGCAUCACCACGGCCACGGUCCAGAACAUCCUCCAUGUCAUUGAUGGCGAUCUUACCGUUGCCGAGGCGCUCGCAAAGCCCCGCCUGCACGACCAGCUCUCGCCAAGCCAGGUGGAGUUUGAGUACAGCUACGACAACAGCACUGUCGCCUUUCUCAAGAGCCUGGGUGCCAAUGUCACUUGGACGGCGCCGGGAAAGAGUACCGCCCAGGGUCUGCGCAGGCUCAAGGGUGGUGUGUUUGAGGCGGCCGGGGAGCCUAGGCAGUUGAAUUCGGGGGGUGUUACUGUUUAG